UAAAAUCACUGUUGACGUUUUAUACGUAGACAUAUGACAUAACCGUAAGACAUGUGACGUAACCAUUAAAAGUGCACACGCUGAAAAUAAGUAGGAAACAAUUUUGGCGAAGUUAAGCUUAAUAUCUAUUAGCAAUUAGCCCUCAUGCAUAUAUUAUUUUGCAGUAUAGAACAAAAAUUACGUCCCCUGCAACGCAAUAAUUUUAAAGAGUGACGUCCCUUGUCACGCAUGACGUCGUUACUUAGAGACGUCGUUUACGUCAAUCAGAAUCAGUAUAGCUUCUGAAAACCCUACCAAAGGAAACAUUCUCAAAAUGACUCGAAUUACGAAUGGAAGACUUUAAAGAGCCAAAGUCUCCCAAAACUCAAGGAGAGACAGGGCAAUCUGUCCAUGGCCAAGGUGAGAUAAAGUCAUCCCAUAGCCAAGACAAAUUAAAGUCUUCUUUAUGCCAAUGCAAGCCUUCUAAUAACCAAGUUGGGCCAGGGAUUGUCACAUCCAAGGAUGACCAACCAGUUACCGUCCAAAUUCUAGACGAGACCAAGACCUCCAGCAAUUUCCAAAGAAAAGCAAAUUCGAAAGGUAAAACGAAACGUCGGAGAAAAUGGGAGGUGUUCCCCGGAGGGAAUAAAUUCUGUUGUAAAGGAAGAUAUAUCCGUGGACCUGAUAGCACCGGAUACCUGAUCACUCUCGCCUUGAUCUUGAUCAUAGGAGGGCUGUUUUUCAGCUUCGACAGCGUGUAUCUAUCAAAAAGAGUAAGCCCAGUGGUUCCAGCGUUAGGGGUGCCCAUCUUUCUUCUUAUGCUGGUAUUGUUUAACGUGACCGCUUUUACUGACCCCGGAAUUUUACCACGAGCCACCGCUUACGAUAUUGAAAAACAGGAAGAAAUUAACUACAAAACAGACGACAACGGGUCGCGUUACACGGAAACAGAUAUCAAAGGAAGAGUAUUCCAGCAGCAAUACUGCAGAACGUGUAAGAUCUACAGACCGCCCAGGUCAUCCCAUUGCAGUGUCUGUGAUAAUUGUGUGGAAAGGUUUGAUCACCACUGCCCAUUUCUCUCCAAUUGCAUCGGAAAAAGAAAUUAUAAACAUUACUUUAUUUUGUUAAUUAUAGCGAACGUGCUGUCAUGUUAUGUGAUUGGUUGUAACGUGGCAGUUAUCUCUUUCCGGGCACAAGAAUAUCCAAUCAACGAAGCUUUUAUGAAGUCAAUACCCAGUGUAAUUGAAGGAAUCCUUUGCUUACUAAUACUGUUAACCGGACUUUUAUGUCUUGUAGUUUAUCAUACACGACUUGUUUGCCGAGAAGAAACCACGAACGAAUCGUUAAAAGACACAUUUGCUAAUAAUAUUAACCCAUUCAGCCAGGGUAGAUGGUACUCAAACUGUUUUUAUAUCCUGUGCACACCUAAAGCACCAAAGCUGUUGGACAGACGAGGAUUUGAAGAUGAUGCAGACGUAAGCCAGGAGUCAAGUAGAAACCCACCAACUCCACCAAUUUAAGGACUCUAAUCUUUUAAUUAACUUUUCAGAACAAUCUACUUGAUAUUUUUUGUAAUUGCCGUUAUCAAGAAAAAAAAUGUCAAUAUUAGUAUUUGAGAUUUUUUGAGGAUUCAUUUUGCCUGUUGGGUUGACACUUUCAUAUUGUCAACACACAUUGCCUUUAAUUAAAAAAAAUGUAUCACUCC